CAGCCUAGCAGCAGCGGUACACACGGCGUAAACAAAGCGGGGAGCUACAAACCGGGCUAAAGCUAAUUAGCUGCUGUUCCGUGAGUAAAACAGCGAAUGUGGCUGCUUCAGACCAGCUGAGAAAACAACAGCUCUACCACGCUGCUGCAUUCCAGCGUCUGUUUGGAUCAGAAUCGACUCGCUCCCGUGUUGAGACUGGAAUUAAACGCGUUGACAAGAUACCGUUACGGCUAGCUACGUUAGCUUCAAUUAGCCUCAUCUAACGGGACGGGGAUUCCGGGUUUCUGGAAGUUGCCCGUCACCCAGAAUCCCGUUUAUCGACAACACACAUGGCGACGGACGUUUGACUCUCCACCGCUGCUCAUGUCGACCUGCAGGGAAGACGUCAACGUCGACGCCAACACGGGUUGGCUCGCUAUGUAGCUAAUUGAGGUUUCCCAGAGUUGGAUCUGCUUGGGCUGCGAGAGAGGCUCGAUCGAGGUGUGACCGGGUCCCGGCCGAGGGGACGCCCGACCGCAGUCACCUGGAGUCGGCCUGAGAUGUUCAGCCUCAUGGCGAACUGCUGCAAUUGGCUAAAACGCUGGCGAGAGCCGGCCAGGAAAGUGACUCUGGUGAUGGUGGGACUGGAUAAUGCAGGGAAGACGGCCACAGUGCGAGGGAUCCAAGGAGAAAAUCCUCAGGAUGUGGCUCCAACAGUAGGUUUUUCCAAGGUCGACCUGAAGCAGGGCAAGUUCGAGGUGACCAUCUUCGACCUGGGAGGCGGGAAAAGAAUCCGGGGCAUCUGGAAGAACUACUACUCGGAGUCGUACGGCGUGGUGUUCGUGGUCGACUCCAGCGACGUCCAGCGGAUCCAGGAGACGCGGGAGACCAUGGCCGAGGUCCUUCAGCACCCGCGCAUCGCCGGCAAACCUGUGCUAGUCCUCGCCAACAAACAGGACCAGGACGGAGCGCUGGCUGAAGCCGACAUCAUUGAGAACCUGUCGUUAGAGAAGCUUGUCAACGAGAACAAGUGUCUCUGUCAGAUCGAGCCAUGCUCUGCAGUCCUGGGUUAUGGCAAUAAGAUGGACAAGUCCAUCAAGAAGGGCCUGAACUGGCUCCUCAGCAACAUCGCCAAAGACUAUGAGGCCAUCACCGAGCGCGUGCAGAAGGACACGGCCGAGCAGCGCGCACAGGAGGACCAGGACAAGAAGGAGCGGGCGGAGAGGGUGCGGCGGAUACGAGAAGAAAGAGAACGGGAGGAGCGAGAAGAGGCAGAACAAGAAGGCCGGCCAAUCCAAGAGGAGCUUGAUGAUGAAAACGUUCCCAGCCCCUUCCAGCCAAUCAACAGCGUCAUCACUGAGAACGAGGAUAAAGAAAAGGAGAGGAGGCGGCAGAAGGAGCUGCAGGAGGGCAGGAGUAAAAGCCUGAAGGCGGAUGGUGAUCAAGGGGAAGAGGAGUGUGAAGAGGGCGAGGAGGAAGAGCCAGAGGAUUCAAGACGAGCGUCGGAAAGCGCAAGUUCAGCCACAACAGGCGAGCAAAGCAAGAAGAAGAAGCUCUUCCUGAAGAGGAAGCACCGCGUGGACCCCCUGAGGACGGAGGACGGGCCGGCGGAGAGCCUCGCCCCGCCGGCGCCUCCUGUGGGAUGGGCCACACCCAAAGCUUCUAGGCUGCCAAAACUAGAGCCGCUGGGGGACUCGAAGCAUUCCGGUAAAGCUGCCUGUGUGACGUCUGGUUAUGCUUCAUCCCUCGUUGACCCUCCACAGUUCGAUUUCAUGCAUUACUUCCUUUUUUGUUGUUCAGCCCAAUCAGCCAUUAAUCUUCUCGCUAACCUGGUCUGCGUGUGGAUUAACCCAUUCAUUAAAUGUCACGGCUCGGACUCAGUGUUUCCUCUGCGCGAAAUUCGCUGGAGUGCGAUUCGGAACAGCCGUGUUUGUGGAUUCCGCUUGCGGUGUCGGGGGGGGGGUCUGGUGGAUUUGCACGUUCCACAGCAGCGGCGGUAAAUGUCUCAGCGUGCCGUUGCAAAGGAAACACUGAAACCUGCCUCGCGAUGUGUGUCGACUGUUAAUUAGCAUAACAGACCCACAUCGCUGUCUUUUUUGUUUUUCUCUUCUCCUGCGUCUCACCAGGCAUGUGUUUGAAUGUGUGUGGUUCCCUUCGUGGUGGCAGACGUCUUAAUCAACUCAAAGGCCUGUUUGUGUGCUCACCCACAUUUGUCCUCCGUCCACCACACCUCAGUGUCUUUCUCAUUUUCGCUUAUGUUCUUCUAACUAGAGCUCAAAUUGACAUUGUUUGAACUCCAGGUCUCAAUGGAAUGUCGUUUACUAAUAAAAUCCAACCCUUUCUCUUCAUGCCCUCCACAGACUUUUUCAAGAAGCCUCUCCCGCCUGUUGCGAACAGGCCGCAGCCUAACGGUGACGCUCAUGACAUCAUUUUCUAGCCUCUUUUCGCUGAGGUUCCAAUCACUGCUCUCCCCUUUUUUCUUGCUUUCUGUCUCAAGCGAGCAGCGGCUAGUCAGCCCGAACGCACGGACGACUCGACGCGGGAGCCGGUGAAAGCGCGGCCGACGCGGAGCGCAGGAGCGUCCCGGGAAGCGACGUCCUGCUCAGAAGCUGAAAAUUCGGUUUCACGGACUGACACAGCGUUCGUGUGAAACGUUGAACCCGGCCGAACUGAUUUUUGUCGGGGUUCCGAGUUUGGUCAGCAGAAGCACUUUUGGUGCUGAAACUUUAUUUUUUAUUGAUAAUAUCAGUGUUAGACAGCUUGGACUCCGUUUGUCCAACUGAGAUGCUUUUAAUUGACAAAGAAUGUAAAUAUGUUUAUUAUUAUUUCAUCCAUUUAUUUUUGCAUUUUCUGUCUUGUAAUGUGCGUACGAUGUUGUGGAUGUCGGUCAAAAAGCAAAAAGGUCUUAAGUGCUUUAAAUUCGAUCUUUUAAAAACUGACAAAUAGUUCCCUGUUUUUUAACAGUGAUGUAAAAUGAGGAUGGAAACAAGGAUGAACUGUAUAAUAGGACAUUGGAUACGUGUUACACUACAUCAUGAACUGGUCAGUUUUAGUAAUGAAUGUCUCCACAUUUCAAUUGAUGAUUGUAAAGUUUUUACGGCCACCGAACAGAAAAAAAACUGUAAUAAGGGAAACGUUUUUUUUUUUUACACUACUCAGCAGCAUCGUAAAGCAGCAUAUCUUUUUAUUUAUUGUUAAGAAUGUCAACAUGUGAAUAUAUAUUUGUCUACAGGGCUACAGAUUGUUUCAUGCAUUCUGCUGUUCACACUGUGUACCUGCUUUUAAAGUGAUAUUUCUCCCGAGGCAGGAAUCAGCCUCAGAGGUGGCCCCGAGGAGGGAGCCGGCGUCGCUGCCGUCUCGUUUGUUGUUGCUCCGACUCCGCACACUUUCUCGCUUUGAGAGUAGCGGGGGAAAUAGCUAAAAUCAGGAAAAACAACAAAUCUGCAACAACAAAAAAAAUGCCCCAGUUAAGUUUUUCGUUUGAAGCGUUUGCAGCGGGACAAUGAGGGAGGAGAACGUAUCACUACACCGACACCUGGAACAGACAAUACUGGGCCAGAACUCAUGAGAAUAUGUGCAAGCAUGAAAUAUCACUUUAAAACCACAAUGGAACAUUCACUCUCUUGUUAAUGAGCUCAAUAAUUGAAAACAUAUUUUUUCUACCCAGCUUGAAUUUUGUAACGGCACAAUUAAAGAUGUUUCUCGUCGA